CAAUCCUUCUGUUUAUAUUUAUAGAUAUAUAUUUGUAUCUCUAUCGUUAACAAAAAUGGCGACGCUAGCGGCAGCAGCUCUUUUAGACGAAUUAAUGGGCAGAAAUAGAAACAUUCUGCCCGACGAUGUUCACAAUAAAAUAAGCUGGGAUGACAAUGACAUAUGCAAGCUGCACCUUGUCAAACUCUGUCCACACGAGUUGUUUGUAAAUACGCGUGCUGAUCUCGGUCCAUGCCCGAAAAUCCACGAUGACGAAAUGAGGAAAGAAUAUGCGAAACAGUCAACCUACCGGAAGCAGCAAUACGAGGACGAAUUCAUCCGAUUUUGCCAAGGAAUGCUGAACGAAGUUGAGAGGAAAAUAGCCAAAGGAAAGGUCCGCCUAGCUCUCAGUGGACGGUCUGCCGAUCCGGAUCUUCAACAGGCUCCAGAAAGUGAAAAAGCCGAGACAGAAGAAAUCCGAGAGCUGACUGAAAAAAUCAACAAGUAUGUCGAAGAGGCCGAAAAAGCCGGUAUCAUGGGCAACGUUGAUGAAGCUCAGGAGUACAUGAAACAAUGCGACGAGAUCAAAGAGCUGAGAGAGCAAAUGCGCAGACAGAAUGGCUACUCAUGGACAAACGAACUUGCUCAAGCCCAGGAAAAGCAGAUGGAAGUGUGCGAAACCUGUGGAGCCUUUUUGAUUGUUGGUGAUGCACAACAACGAAUUGAUGACCACUUGCAAGGCAAGCAGCACAUGGGCUACGCGCGACUCAAGGACGCUGUUGAUGAAAUUCUGGAGAGCCGCAGGAAAGCUAAAGAGGAGCGCGAGAAGCGAAGGGAGGAAGAGCGGAAGGAGAGGGCUCGAGCUCAGAAAGUGGAAGAAAAGUUGAGGGAAGCAGAACGCGAGGUGCGAAGAAUGAACCGGGGGAGCAAAGAUGAGGAUGAGCACAGGCACAAGAAGGUGAAGCCCAAGCACAGAUCAAGGUCAAGAAGCCCACACCACAAAGGCAAUCGACGAGAUCAUGACAGGCAUGAGAAAUCAAGGCAAGGAAGGAGGAGCCCUGAUUACAGAAGAGACUACAGAGAUGACCGAAACCGCAAUGAUCGAAAUGCAGGCAGAAACUACAAAGAUUCAAGCCGAAGGGGUUCCUAAGUGCUCUAAAUACAAGUUAGUGAAAAUGGGAGCUCGAGGUAAGUGGAGACGGAAAUAUUGAAUUUUCAAACAGGACCUCCCUGAGCAUGUUUUUUAAUUAAGUCGCCAUGCAGGUAUGUGGCGACUUUCGCAGAAGGGUUGAUUAUACAAAAUUUGUUGUCUUGUCUUUGAGUAUUUGCUGCUUUUGUUUUUCACUUUCAAAGUGAAUAAAAUGUAAAUUGUGGUGGACAAUUAGAAUUCAGCAUAGCGAGUCAAGCGAGCUUCACAACAGUUGUUGCCAUCAAAUGAGCCUGUCCAUUACAGUGGAACCAGCAAUAUAGUCUGCUGCUACAAUAAUCCUCAGGUGACCCAGUUCUAGUUAGACAACAGUUUUGACUGUUGCUAAUGGAAAUUGUAGGGAUUGUUCGCUCUGUUAAAGCGGCCAAAGGGCACUUUUAAGAAUACAUGAUGACCGUGUGGGAGCAAAAUUUCUCUUAAACACAACUGUUUUUUAUUCACGUUAAACUGGUGUUCUUCAAGAGGCGAAUAUAAAUAAUAACAGUAUGCAUGUCUUUCUUGCAAAUGUUGCUAUGUAAGCCAAAAUUAUGAGUCCCUAUCCGUUUGAAACAAACUUCACGAGCAAAUGACUAUCUAAUUUUUCUUCCUUUUCCAGUGCAUUCUGAAGGACUCUCUGCAGCUGGACGUGCAGUUUAACUGCUACGAAACCUUCUCAUUAUGGAUCACGGACUCCAGGUGACUUAAUUUUAAUGGCCUCUGCAUUCCUGAAAUUCCCUGUAAUGUUCUUUUGAGAGCCCACCUAGAAUUGACACCAGCCGUUUUAUCCGAGCCUUGAUAUAUUCAACGGUACAACGGCACUUAACAUAAUUGUAAAUCAUUGCUAUGUUAGUUAAUGGGCUACCUAAUUAUUUGCUGCUGUUAUAUAUUUGGUUGCUUCUUUUUAACACAAAAAAAACAUGUUGAUGUGGUUGCUCAAGUCCUAAACCCCAUCAUAUUUUGCAUGUUAAGAAUAUGUCAAGGCAGAUUUUAAUGCGGUCCACCAGACAGAACCUCUGUUGACCGAAGGUGAUAAUUUUCAGCAAGCUAGCUUAACACUGCUAGCAAUUGGACAUGCAUUUAGAAAAUAAAGUUUGAAAAUUGAAUUAAUGUACUCUUGCGUUCUACGAUUUAUAACAAGUAAUAAAGAAAAGAGAAAUACCAAGCGUUUUUAUUUAAUGGAAUAUGUCACCAAUUAGGCUACAACUUUAAGAAUUUUUCAGUUUGUGUAAUUCGUUAAAAUUGAAAAGGCUGAAAUCCGCGUGAGAUCAAAUAUAAAAUGUAUUAUGUUAACUAUGGACGGUGGAGGGAGUGAGGAACAGGAAAGGCGUGUUUGCAAACGUGGCAACAUUGUCAUGGUGUAUGGUACUGUGAAGUGCAGUACCCCUUGCUCUAACAUUACUCUAGUGUUACAUUCCAUACUAAACCAUGGACGAAAUAUUAAGUGAUUUGGCUACUGACUAUGCAAAUUACUUAAAAAUUGAUAUGGAAGAUGAAUUGAAAAAUGUUGGUGAAACAGUUGAGGAUAUGCUGACAAGGCUAGAGGAGUUUGGAAGUUUAUUAGAAGGAGUUCACAAUGGAGGUACAAGUAGCUUGUUGCACUUAGGCCCGGAAUUAAAAAUGAGUUGCCAGACGCUUGAUGGGCUGUUCCAAAAGAUUGACAAUUUGGAAAAAAUGGUUGCUAAAGUCAAAAAGGAUGUUAGUACAAUGGAAGCUCAUUUGGAAAGUGCAGAAGCUAAAUGCGGCAUUCCAUCAUCUGAUCUCAGAAGUUUUUUUAAGCCUUUAUUCUUG